GUAGCCCGCAAUUUACACAUGGAAAGGUUGCGAAACCACUAUUUGUUUCCUGAGAUUUCAGCACGUGAACUUGAACACAUUAAGAAGUACCCAAAUGAAAAAGUGAUAAGGCUUGGGAUUGGCAAUACAACAGAGCCUAUACCAGAAGUUAUAACUUUGGCAAUGUCUGAUUUUACACGUGCCCUUUCAACACCUGAAGGCUAUAGAGGGUAUGGUGCUGAGCAAGGCAACAUGGAACUAAGGAAAGCAAUAGUAAAAACAUUCUAUGGAGAUCUACCAGUGAAAGAUACAGAAGUUUUUGUAUCAGACGGCUCACAAUGUGAUAUCUCUCGCCUUCAGCUGCUUUUGGGAUCUAAUGUGACAAUUGCUGUACAGGAUCCAUCCUUUCCGGCAUAUAUAGAUUCAAGUGUCAUAAUAGGUCAGGCUGGUGGUUUUGAAGAUGAAACAGGGAAGUAUCAGAACAUUGUAUACAUGAAAUGUGGGCCUCAGAAUCAUUUCUUUCCUGAUCUGUCGAACACUUUAAGAACAGACGUUAUCUUCUUUUGCUCUCCAAAUAAUCCAACUGGCCAUGCGGCAUCAAGGGAGCAAUUAGAGCAACUUGUGGAAUUUGCCAAGGAAAAUGGAUCGAUCAUUGUAUAUGACUCUGCCUAUGCUGCUUAUAUCACCGAUGAAAGUCCUCAAUCAAUAUAUGAAAUACCUGGGGCCAUAGAGGUUGCAAUUGAAAUUUCCUCAUUCUCCAAAAUUGCUGGGUUCACUGGUGUCCGUCUUGGUUGGACUGUGGUACCUGACGAGCUCUUAUUUUCAAACGGGUUUCCUGUCAUACAUGACUUCAAUCGAAUUGUGUGCUCCUGCUUUAACGGUGCUUCCAAUGUAGCUCAGGCCGGUGGGCUAGCAUGUCUUUCCCCAGAGGGUGCCAAGGCAAUGCUCUCUGUGGUUGACUACUACAAAGAGAAUGCUAACAUACUUGCUGAAAGUUUUGCUUCCCUGGGCUUAAAUGUCUAUGGUGGUGUAAAUGCACCUUAUCUGUGGGUUCAUUGUCCAGGUUUGAGGUCUUGGGAUGUGUUUAAUGAAAUUCUUGAAAAGACGCACAUAAUUACAGUCCCUGGGAGUGGGUUUGGUCCUGGUGGUGAAGAGUUCAUUAGGGUUACUACUUUUGGUCACAGAGAAACUAUCCUAGAAGCCUCAACAAGGCUCAAGAGCCUCGUGCUAGUGUAAUUAUUUAGUAGCUUCGGAGAACCAACUCAAAAUGUUAACAUGAUGCUCUUGAACCAAUAAGAGCACUAGCUAUGAAAUGAGGUAUAUCCCACUUGACCCACCUUGGUUGUCUGGGUGGAAGACAAAGUCGGUCUCAUCCAUUCCCUUUUGUGCAGCCUUGGAAGCAUUACAUGCACAUGCUGUGGUGGUGCUCCAAAAUUAUUCACAUCUACAUUAAAUAAAGUAAGGUCAUAGGUUGACCCAAAUUUUGAUGCUUUUGUUUUUAAGUGUAAAAUAAAAUUUUGCUCAUAUAAUUUCCUGAAAAUAUAUAACUGAACAUGAAUAAUAAUUAUGAACUGGUUACUUUACCUUGAAUGAGAUUCAUCAUGGACACAAGUUCUCAUAUGCCUUUGUGAGUGUUGACUAUGUGUACAUCCCUCUUGUUGAAGAGUACCCUCAAUCCAUUCUAAUUGUCACUAUAGACCCGACUAUUAAUUCAGACAUCACGAUUGGUAAGAGAGCGCAUCAUUCACCAUUUGAAUUAGUAGUCCAGUUUAACUGAAUGCAAAACAUAAAAAUAAAAGCUAGAAAAGCAAGAAACACAAGAUAAAUCAUUAUUUGGUCAAUACUAAAAGUUUAUGAAAACAUGCUCAAACAUCUUCUGUUGGAGUUUACACAAUUCAUAUGAAAAUAUGCAGUCAAUUUCUACAGCAAUGCUGGAAAAUGAUCAGCAGAAUCAUGGAUCCUUUACAAUACCAUAAAAUUAACAUGCAACCCCUAUCAAAUAUAUAUAUCAAUUGUCACUCCAGGCAACAAACAAAUGAUAAAAUUCAAUCAAACUUACGAAAUACAAA